CUCUGUUGGAUUGCACCUUCAGAUCAAAAUAGGAGGAGAAGAAGAAAGGGACAAUGGCUCUGAGUGGAAACUGUAGUCGCUACUAUCCUCGAGAACAAGGGGCUGCAGUUCCCAACUCCUUCCCUGAGGUCGUGGAGCUGAAUGUGGGGGGUCAAGUUUAUUUUACUCGCCAUUCCACGUUAAUAAGCAUCCCUCAUUCCCUCCUGUGGAAAAUGUUUUCCCCAAAGAGAGACACAGCUAAUGAUCUAGCCAAGGACUCUAAGGGAAGGUUUUUCAUUGACAGAGAUGGAUUCUUGUUCCGUUAUAUUCUGGACUAUCUCAGGGACAGGCAGGUGGUCCUGCCUGAUCACUUUCCAGAAAGGGGAAGACUGAAAAGGGAAGCUGAGUACUUCCAGCUCCCAGACUUGGUCAAACUCCUGACCCCCGAGGAAAUCAAGCAAAGCCCGGAUGAAUUCUGCCAUAGUGACUUCGAAGAUGCCUCCCAAGGAAGCGACACGAGAAUCUGCCCCCCUUCCUCACUGCUCCCUGCCGACCGCAAGUGGGGUUUCAUUACUGUGGGUUACAGGGGGUCCUGCACCAUGGGCAGAGAGGGGCAGACAGACGCCAAGUUUCGGAGAGUUCCCCGGAUUUUGGUUUGUGGAAGGAUUUCCUUGGCAAAGGAGGUCUUUGGAGAAACUUUGAAUGAGAGCAGAGACCCUGACCGAGCCCCAGAAAGAUACACCUCCAGAUUUUAUCUCAAAUUCAAGCAUCUGGAAAGGGCUUUUGAUAUGUUAUCAGAGUGUGGAUUCCACAUGGUGGCCUGUAACUCCUCCGUGACAGCAUCUUUCCUUAACCAGUACACAGAUGACAAGAUCUGGUCAAGCUACACUGAAUACGUCUUCUACCGUGAGCCUUCUAGGUGGUCCUCCUCGCACUGUGAUUGCUGCUGCAAGAACGGCAAGGGCGACAAAGAAGGGGAGAGCGGCACGUCUUGCAACGACCUCUCCACCUCCAGCUGCGACAGCCAGUCUGAGGCCAGUUCUCCCCAGGAGACGGUCAUCUGUGGGCCCGUGACACGCCAGACCAACAUCCAGACUCUGGACCGUCCCAUCAAGAAGGGCCCCGUCCAGCUGAUCCAACAGUCAGAGAUGCGGCGGAAAAGCGAUCUGCUCCGGACUCUGACUUCAGGCUCCAGGGAGUCGAACAUGAGCAGCAAAAAAAAGGCUGUUAAGGAAAAGCUCUCCAUUGAGGAAGAGCUGGAGAAAUGCAUCCAGGAUUUCCUAAAGAUCAAAAUUCCAGAUCGGUUUCCGGAGAGGAAACAUCCUUGGCAAUCUGAACUCUUACGGAAGUAUCAUCUAUAG